AUGGCAUCUCAAAAACAGAGUUACAGGGCAGGUGAAGCUAAAGGCCAAGCUGAAGAAAAAACACGACAAACCAAAGACGACACAGCAACUGCCAAAGACAAGGCAACACAGAUGGGCCGGUCCACAAAAGAGACGACGGAGGCCGGGAAAGAGAAGACUGGAGGAGGGGUGAUACAAAGGACUAGCGAGCAAGUGAAAAAUAUGGCUCAAGGGGCUGCUGAGAAAGUUAAAUUAGACACUUUUGGAAUGGCCGGAAAUGGCGAGGAUGAUGAUGAUGAAAUUAAUUUGUAA